AUGACGCACGAGGAUAGGCCCUCGUAUCACUUAUCUUUGUCCUCCCCCAGCCUCCAUCCCUCUCCCCCCCUCCUCUCUCCAGCUGAUGUCAGAUGUGGUCCUGUGGAGGGAUGCAGCAGCAGCAGUGAUGAUGAUGAUGAGGAGGGUGAAGAUGGCGCUGGCAGGAUUUGGGCUCAGUGCUUUAUAGUCUCCCUGAUGGAGGGAGGAGGGGGUACAGUGGAGGAUCUGGGAGGUCAUCAUGUCCUGCACUUCGUCCAGCGGCUCCGCCACGUCUUUGAUGUUUGUGACGAGGAUGCUGACGGGUUCAUCAAGGUGGACGAUUUCAUAGACCUGGGCCAGCAGUUCAUCCAGGGGGAGGAGGUGGAAAAAGUGGUGAGAUAUCUGGACCCCAACGAGCUGGGCCGCAUCAACUUCAAGGACUUCUGCCAUGGCAUUCUAGCCCUGAAAGGGUGUAACCAGCUGCUGAGAGGAGUGCUGGGGGUGACCGGUGUCAGUCCUCCACCAUACCAGACCCAGUAUGGGGAAUACUACUACCAG